AUGAGGUUUGUCCAAUAUAUUCCGACUGGAAUUCCAAACGAAGAUGGUGAGUUCCCGGGAAGGAACUAUACAGUUGGAAAAGUCAUACAACAACUGUAUGAUAUUAGGAAAGCUUCAAACCCCAAACUUGCAAUGACACUCAAAUUGCUUAUGAAUUCGACAUGGGGAUAUUCCAUUAAGAAACCUCAAGAGAUGAAGAGUAAACAUUAUGAGAAGGUCGACAACUUUGUUGAAAGGUUUUCUCCUUUUGUUUUGAAGUACGAAUUCACUCAAGGUCAAAGUGGCUUAGUAACCACAUUAAAACCUAUUGUCGAAUAUUGGUCUUACCCUCAGUUCGCAAAGGCAGUCCUUGACAACUACAACAAAUUCUUCUCCGAAGUCAAAUCCAAAGUGAAGGUUUACUAUGAGAACAUUGACGCACUCAUGACGAACGAAGAAGGCUAUAACAAACUCAUUGAAAUGGGAAUGGUCGGUGAAAAGAUGGGCUGUUUUAAGCUAGAUAAGGUAUUUUCCGAAGUUCAUGUAAUAUCGAAAAGGAAAUAUUGGGGCAUACUUGAAGACGGCACAGAAAUAAAACAUUGCAUGAAAUAA